GGAGAUCCCAAUUGGAUAAUGGAUACGGAAAGAACUUCCACAGUGAAAAGGGUUCGUGUGAAUUUUGAUGAAUUUUCAUUGGUCAAUGUAGAAGAUGGCGUAAGUUUAGAGACCCGGAGGCCAAAAAUAUCCGAGUCUGAGUUUGGACCGGGUGAUUUGGAUUCCUUAUGGCAUACAGGCCAUAGACUGUUAUCUUUGGUCGAUUCACCAAACCCUCGAGCUUUGAAAUUUCAUAGAGUCGAGACUUCCCAUAGACGCGUCAAACACGCGACGACGAACCAUCACAGGGGAUAGAUCCCAGCUCACAGGGAAAUCAAAGAAAAGAGGAAGAAACAAAGAGCAGCUAUCUCACCCGCUCUUGGUACUCAAGCGGCCAAGCCAUAUCCAAGUCCCAUGCACGGCCGCAGGCCCGCAGGCCGCAGCGUACACAAAUAGAUACACACACACAAACAUCUAGCUAGCUAAACUCACGACCACCACCACCACCAGCCCAAUUCUCCUAGCUCGCUUCUUCUCGAUCUCGAAGAAAGAAACAAAACAUCCACAUGGAACUAUGGAAGAGGAGCAUGAAAAAAAUAAUAAAUCUACAAUGAAAAGCGCCUGGGAGGUCGUGUUGUAUUGGGAGGGUUGCCAGAGUGAGAUUAGGUAGCUAAUAGGAAGGAAUCCGACCGCCAUGUCCCAAUCCCCCCACCGUUAUCUGCUUGGAUGCCCUCAUCCCAAUAAGUCAAGGACCCAUCCACCCUCUUAAUCAAUAUCAGAAUUCUUUCUCACGCUUCCAUGUAAAAGAUCAACAGAAGCAGCAUCACCUUGUUCUUCUUUAUCGUAGCAACAUCCAAUGGCCGCUUGCGUUUUGCUCGGCAAUGGCAACGGCAGUGGCAGCAGUAACAGUAGCGGCAGCAGUCGAUUAGGCAGCACCUCGAACAGCUGUGAGGAAAGGAACGUCCCACCACCAGCACUACCAUCAACAGCAGUAGCCCAACCACAACAAUUAAGGCACUACGACGACCUGCUAGUUGACGGUAAGAUGGUUGUCAGGAAGAGAACCGCUUCUGAGUUUGAUCUCCAAACUGGCGGAGAUUGUCAUAGGUUCAUCCGACGAGCCACCACCACCAAUUCCCUCCCCGUCAUCGACCGCUCUUCCUUGGCUUUUCAACCCUGUAAUGCAACUUCCUUGGACAAUAAUAACAAUCAUUCUACCACUAAUCCGAAUCCCAUCUCCAUCCCCAAUAACCACUCCGCUAUCCUACCUUACCCCACAAAUUCCACUCUGACGUCAGGCGUUCCUGGGCUUUCUUCUAACCUUACCUACUAUCUGGACUCUUCCCUCCACACCCUUCCUCCCACGCCCCCGCCCCAGACCGGGCCCGUGUGUGGAUUUUCCGGUCUGCCCUUGUUCCCUUCGGAAAGAGACCGAACGACGACCACUGUUUCUGCCGGAGGGCUUCUCCCUAUUCUUAGCCCCUCCCCGAUGGAUGAUUCUUCCACAGCGACGGCGUGGAUCGAUAGCGUCAUAAAGGACCUCAUCCAUAGCUCCACCAGCGUCUCGAUUCCUCAGCUCAUCCAAAACGUGAGGGAGAUCAUCUACCCCUGCAACCCAAACCUCGCCGCGCUCCUCGAGUACAGGCUCCGCUCGUUGACGGAACCACUCGCCGAUCAUCAUCACGAAAGGAGGAGGAACGAGGCGGUGAGUUUGCAGAGACAGCCGUUUCAAGGCUCUUCUAGCCUUAAGCUAUAUCUAGCCUCCGGGCUUGAUAACCCUCUUUCUUAUCCCCUCACAGAUUCUUCCUCUCAGCAUGCCAUGAUCAUGAACCAGUACACAAGCCUGGAAGCAAACCCAUCGUCAACCCACGAAGGAAGUCAAGACGUCCGUCGUUCAACAGCAACCAGCCCUUCUGUUGCACCACCACUACUCACCUUGAAUCAAUCGUUGCCCCAGCACCAGCAACAGCAACAGCAGCAGCACCAACCACAACAACAAAGUUCUCCUUCGGCAGCACCGGCAACAACAGCAUCAGCAACACCGACAGUAGUGACAAGAGAGAAGAAAGAAGAGAUCCGGCAACAGCAGAAGAGAGAUGAGGAAGGUCUUCACCUCCUAACUUUACUCCUGCAAUGCGCCGAGGCUGUUUCUGCAGAUAACUUUGAAGAGGCGAACAAGAUGCUUUUAGAGAUCUCAGAGCUUUCGACGCCAUUUGGGACAUCUGCACAGAGAGUAGCCGCUUAUUUCUCGGAAGCAAUGUCAGCACGGCUGGUGAGCUCGUGCUUGGGCAUAUAUGCACCUUUGCCGAAUGCACCUGCGCAUAACCAGAAGAUAGUAUCGGCCUUCCAAGUGUUCAACGGCAUCAGCCCAUUCGUCAAGUUCUCACAUUUCACGGCGAACCAAGCCAUACAAGAAGCAUUUGAGAGGGAGGAGAGGGUGCACAUUAUCGACCUCGACAUAAUGCAAGGCCUCCAGUGGCCUGGGCUCUUCCACAUAUUAGCAUCUCGACCAGGUGGCCCGCCCUUUGUUCGGCUCACAGGCCUUGGGACCUCCAUGGAGGCUUUGGAGGCCACGGGGAAGCGAUUGUCGGAUUUCGCGGAGACGUUGGGGCUGCCGUUUGAGUUCUUUCCGGUUGCGGAUAAAGUUGGGAAUUUGGACCCGGAGAGGUUGAAUGUGAGCAAGAGGGAGGCCGUUGCGGUGCAUUGGUUGCACCACUCACUGUACGACGUCACCGGCUCCGACAACAAUACUCUUUGGCUCCUGCAGAGGUUGGCGCCGAAGGUUGUGACGAUAGUAGAGCAGGACCUAAGCCAUGCAGGAUCGUUCUUGGGAAGGUUCGUUGAGGCAAUACACUAUUACUCAGCAUUGUUCGACUCGCUCGGAGCAAGCUACGGGGAGGAGAGCGAGGAAAGACACAUAGUGGAGCAACAGCUACUGUCACGAGAGAUAAGGAACGUAUUGGCGGUUGGGGGACCGGCAAGGAGUGGGGAAGUGAAGUUCCACAACUGGAGGGAGAAGCUGAAGCAAUCUGGGUUUAGAGGCAUAUCCUUGGCCGGGAAUGCUGCUACUCAGGCUACCCUAUUGCUGGGCAUGUUCCCUUGCGACGGCUACACCCUUGUUGAGGACAACGGCACACUCAAGCUCGGAUGGAAGGACCUCUCUUUGCUUACAGCUUCUGCUUGGAGGCCUACUAAUACCCACCGUUACUAAAGCUGUUCGGUCUUCCAUGGAUAGAUCUGAAUGAUACUGGAAUUUGUGUUUUCUUUUUCCUCGCUUUUCUUUUCACAUAAUAGACUGUAAUUUCCUACUUUUCUAGUUGGGGUUUUGAAAGUGGAAAUGGAGGAGGAAACAUCAGUAGGGGAAUUUCUGAUAUUUUCUUUUUCUUUUUUUAAGAUUUCUUCCAUGAUCAUCUCCACCUUUUCUUCGCAGUCUCUGAUCUCCUUUACAAAUUUUCAUUUAACGCCUUGGGAUGUAUGUAACUAUGUCUAUGUAGUCUGUUGUUGAAAUAUUUGCAGAAGCAAGACGAAGUAAAAAUAAUUAGUUAAUGUAAA